AUGGCACAUAGGCAUGCUCUUGAAGCCCUCAACGCUACACUACAAGAUCUCAGAGAUUGCUCAACUACAAUGGGGGGUGUUACGAUUCUACUUUCUGGUGACUUUCGGCAGACUCUACCAGUUAUUCCUAAAGGAACCAGGGCAGACGAAGUUAGUGCGUGCCUCAAGUCGUCUUCAUUAUGGCAAAGCAUAACAACGCUGACCCUUACAAUGAAUAUGCGAGCCAGACUGCAUAGCGACCAACAGGCAGCAGAAUUUGCAGCGAACCUUUUGUCACUGGGGGAUGGAAAUUCAUUUCUCAGUGAUGAUGGAGAAACUACGCUGUGCUCGAUUUCAACAAAUGUCAACACCCUCGAAGAACUAAAAGGAAAAGUAUUUCCCCGUCUGCAUGAAAACUACCAGGACCUUAAUUGGUUAUGCGAAAGAGCUAUUUUAGUUCCAAAAAACAGCAUGGUUAAUGCCAUCAACCAACAACUGGUGCAAGUCAUUCCUGGUAGGCUUCAUGUCUACAAAUCAAUUGAUUCGAUCCCUGACACAAAUCAGGCAGUCAACUAUCCCGUUGAAUUUCUUAAUUCACUGGAACCACCAAGAUUGCCCCCUCAUAUAUUGUCAGUGAAAGUUGGAACUCCAGUUAUGCUUCUGAGGAAUCUAAGCCCUCUAAAACUCUGCAAUGGUACGCGUCUUGUCAUUAAGUCUGCCAUGCAGCACGUCAUCGAAGCUACCAUCAUUUCUGGAUGUAGAAAAGGAGAGGAUGUCUUCAUACCGAUGAUUCCACUUACUCCAUCUGAUGCUGACAUCCCUUUCCAAUUUCGGCGACUUCAAUUCCCGCUACGCAUCAGUUUUGCCAUGUCCAUCAACAAGUCCCAGGGGCAAACACUGGCAGCACAAAAUGAAGGCAUCCAACAGAAACGUUCACUAGAAAGGUACAAGAGGGAUUCAUUCAUGGAUGUCCAUAAAUUAUCUUCACAACUUCCACAAUUUUAUUAUAUCUAUAUUAAAGAUAAUUUAUGA